AUGAGUUCAGAAGAACAUAUAUAUUAUUGUGGAUUACCCGAAAAAUUAUAGUUAUUUGAUUUUUCAAGUUUGACUAUUUGCCCUAUUUCAUUUAGUUCUGAUGUUGGACCUAUAGAAUAAAUCUAAGCAAUUGAUGAUAACAAAUUUAUCAUGUUUAGUUUAAAGAAAAAAUUUUUAUUUGCAAUAUAAUUCUAGUUUAAUAAAAAAGAGAGGGAAAUUUAUUUUUUUUAAGUGGAAUCACCAUAAUAAGCCAAAAAAAUGAAAGCAUAACUUAUUUGGCAACAUCUAUAAAAACAAUCAAAUAUUUAAUUAUGGAACACAUAAAACAAAAAAUGAUCAAGGACAUCGAUAAAAGAUUAAUUGUCUGAAUGCUUCUUAUGUUGGAGUUAUUUUUGGAACUGCAAGUGAUGAUACAACUAUACGACUGUGGAAUAUUGAUUUUAAUGAAUCAAGGGAUCCAAUGCUAUUGCUUUUUCCAAAAGAUGGUUUGCUGGUUACUUCAGGUAGCUCUGAUAAAACUAUAAUAAUAUGGGAAAUGUAUGAGAAACAAUGA